AUGGAGAAAUGCUCUCUAGUCCCUGCGGGCUCCGGCGCUGGGACAGUUCACGAAACGGACGCUUUGCUGGAGGCCGGAGCGCCUCACGGCGGGACACAGAGCCCCCUUGCCCCCAACACGAAGUCCGCGACCCACCCGGACCCAGAGGCGCCCCGGGGAGAGGCGGCCGCCGCCCCUGCAACCUGCCUUGCCGGGUGGCACCGUUUCCUAGACCGACGAGAGGAUCCAGAGAGCGCCGAGAGCGGGGACACUACGGAGCCUCGCGUGGCUCCUGCCUUCAGAAGCCACCGCAGGUGCCAAGGCUGGAGGCAGCGGAUCCGACGCGCCGGGGCCCGGAAGACCCAAGGAUGCCAGGAGUCCGAGGUUUGCGCUGAGUCCCUCAUCUCCGUGGGCAAAUGCUACCGUUAA